GAACUGCGGCAUCCAAGUAUAGCUCAUUUGGUAUGACAUAAGUCGCACAACUAGCACACUUGCGGGAAGCGGCAGUGAAAUUAUUACGACUGGUGCCUUGACUCGGCCCGAGACCCUGCGUGUGUGUUCGGCUUUGAUAGAGACUCGACAAUUAAUUACAGGCAGUGGUUAGAGCAGCGGCUCUCUGAGCUUCGCACUCUUCGCCACUUUCCCUCUCUGUGACGGCAAAGGCGCCGCACGCGCCACACAGAAAUGCGUCAGUGGCUCAAGGAGCGUUGAGGCUCCGCUGAAUUCACGUUGUCCUUCUUACCUUGAACGUUGGGUCGUGGAUUUUGGGGCUUGGUGCCCCCUGGCUACCUGUGAGUCGCCAAACCUGCACGGCUACGUAGUCACAUACUGUCUGAAUGGACGUGGUGAUCAAGACAGAGGAGGCGGACCAGGGCCGCGACGAUGAGGCAACAGCGCGGCGAGAAUUUGCUGACCACGGCGGAACAGCUGGCGCUGGACUGGAAGGGCUUCCUGGGGAAUCGCUAGAGGCUCAGCGACAACGAGAAGAAAUUCUCAAACACGGCACGAAAGCUGUGGCCGUGUCAUCCAACAAGCAGCUAACGUCCAAGUUCCGCGGUGUAUGCUGGAACAAGAAGAACAAGCGCUGGCAAGCUGCGAUCAACAGCAGCGGCAAAUACCUAUAUCUGGGGUCAUAUGACACCGAGGCCGAGGCCGCGGCGGUGUUUGACCGCGCAGCCAUCCGCAUCCGGGGCCCCAAGGCUCGGCUCAACUUCAGCUACGCGGAUUACGUGGACGCCUCCGGCAACCUCAAACCGGAUCCAGCCAUUGAUGAAAUGAUUCAGGAAGCGGCGGCGCCCGCAAAGCCGCGUCGGCCGCGUGGCGGCGGCGGCGGCGGCGGUGGCGGCGGCGGGCGGGGAGGAGCCGCGGCUGCGGGCGGCGACGAUGCUCCGACGCCGCGUCGUGGAGGCGGCGCAGGCGGCCGGCGGCGGCGCGGUGGCGGCGGUGGCGGGGCGGCCAGCGGCGGUAAUGACGAGGAUGAGGACUGGUCCGAGGGGCUAGAGGAGGCGCCGCCGGCGCGGCGGCACCGCGGUAACGCCCGCACCGGCGGCGGCGGCGGCGGCGGCGGCGGCGGCGCCGGGCCGCAGGCCGGGUUUGUUGAUGAUGGCGGCGGCGAUGACGGGCCGGGCGGUAUGCCGCUGGAUCUGCAGGCGUUGCUGCCCGACGGCGGCGGCGGCCUCGGCGGCGGCGGGCUGGGCGCUCUUGCGGGGCUAGGGGGCAACAGCGGGCUGGGUGGCGGCGGCGGCGGCGGCGGCGGCGGCCCGCAGCGGCGCAGCCUCAUGGGUCGUAUGCUGGGGCAGGAGGAGGAGGCGGCGCUGUCCGCGCUGGCGGAGGUGGCGGGCGCCGCCGCCGCCGCCAACGGUAACGGUAACGGCCGCGGCGCCAACGGCAACGGCGGCGCCGCCGCCGCCAACCGCCUGGCCACGCUAGGCGCGCUCGACCUAAGCAUGGGCGGCGGCAGUAGCGGCGGCGGCGGCGGCGGCGGCCUGGGCGCGCGCGGCACGCUCAGCGGAAUCAGCGGCGGUGGCCUUGGCGGCGGUGGCGGCGGCGGCGGCGUGAGUAGUGGAAUGAUGAUGGGAUCACUCGAAGAGCUGCUGUCGUACGGCCGUGAUGGCGGCGGCGGCGGAGGGCUUAGCGGGUUGGGCGGCCUGGGCGGCGGCAACAGUGGCCUGCUGACGUCAUCGGGUGUCAAGGGCCUCGGCGGCGGCAACGGCGGAAGCCUUCGCGGCUUGGUGGAUGGCUUGGGGCUCGGCGGCGGCGGCCUUGGCGGCGGCGGCGGUGGCGGCCUUGGCGGCGGUGGCCACAUGGGCCUGCUGGGGGGCCGUGGGCAGGGGCAGGGGCAGUCCGGCAUGAGUGGCGGCGGCUUGAGUGGGCUGAUGGGCAGCCUCGGCCGCGGCGGCGGCGGCGGUGGCGGCGGCGGCGGCGGUGGGUUCCAUGGGCACGGGCUGCUUGGGUCGCUGGAGGACCGGUCCCUGGCGGCGGCGCUGGCGGCGGCGGCCGGCGGGGGCGGCGCCGCCGCUGAGAACGACCUGCGGGCGGCGCUCAGUCAUGCGGAUCAGGCAUCGGCCGCCAUCGCGCGGUUACGAAACCGCGGUGGCGGCGGCGGCGGUGGCGGCGGUGGCGGAGGCGGAGGCGACAGCUCGACGGCGGCGCUUCUGCUUCAGCAGAUCCACGGCGGCGGCGGCGGCGGCGGUGGCGGCGGCGGGCUAAGCGGCAUUGGCGGCGGCGUCAGUGAGGACCUAGCCGAGCUGCUAGCUAGUGCCACUGGUAACCACGGCGGCGGCGGCGCUCUCGGGAUGCUGCGGUCGGGCGGCGGCAACCGCUUGGCACCGCAGUUUGGGCGCGGCCAGCCUUCACUACUCGGCGGCGGCGGUGGCGGCGGUUUUGGCGGCGGCGGCGGGGGUGGUUUUGGCGGCAGCGGUGGGCGGUUGAGCAGCCUGGGCGUGGCGCUCCGUGGCGGUGGCGGCGCCGGCGGCGGCGCCUCGCGGCAGCUUGCAAUGCUGUUGCAGCCCGACCCAGAUGGGGACGCGGAUGCGGUGAAUGACGUGGCAUCGGCUUUGGGGCUGUCGUUCGGUGGCGGCGGCGGUGGUGGCAAUGGCGGUUUUAACUCGUCGCUUUUUGCCGACCUCAGCGGCAGCUUGGCCAGCCUGGCCAACGGCAUUCGCAAGGUGCCUGCACUGCACACCGGCCUGCCCUCACUCAUGACACCAGCUGGCGGCGGUGGCGGUGGUGGCGGCGGCGGCGGCGGUGGCGGCGAUGGGGAUGGCAGGGGCGUCAACGGCCUGGCGGCCGCGGCGGCGGCUCUGGGCGGCAUCGGUAUCAAGCACGAGCCGAUGGCGGCCGCGGAAGCAGCCGCCGCCACUGCCGGAGGCGGCAACGGCGGCGGCGGCGGCAGCGGCGGCGGCGGCGGCGGCAGCGGUUACUCGCUGGCGGCGCUUGCAAAGGCGCUGCCGGCCGGGUGUCAGUUGGAGGCGGUCGUACAGAGCGGCGGCCUGGCCCACAUCAUGGGCGUGCUGUACACACUGCCGCCAGGCGGCGGCGGCGGCGGCAAUGGCGGCGGCGUUUGCGCCGCCGUCUGGAACGGCCGCGUGGGCCGUUUCACGACGCUAGGCAGCUUUGCCAACCUGGACGCAGCGCGCGCAGCCUGCCAGGCGCCGCUGGCGGUGCUGCAGGAUGCUGAGCUGGCGUACGCGCCGCCGCCGCCGCCAGCGGCUGUGGCGGCGGCGGGAGCCGGCGGCGGCGGCGGCGGGGAGGGUGGCCGGUUUAAGGCCGACCCCAGCGGCAACGGAAACCAUGGGAACGGCAGCAAUGCCGUACUUGUGCUGUCCGCGGCGGCGGCAGAGCGCGAGCGAGACCGGGACCGGGACCGGGAUUUCCAAAACCACGAUCUGGGUUUUGGUGGUACGGCGCCGUACGGCGGCCUUCCGCGGCCUGGCGGCGGCGGCGGCGGUGGCGGCGGAUCCCGGCUGUCGGCGGGCGCGACUCUGGAUCUGGCGGCGCCGCCGCUGGAUGACGGUCUGGGGCUUGGCGGCGGCGGUGGCGGCGGCGGGCGCUGGGGCGGCGUCAGUGGGCGACUGAGUGCGCUGAGUGGUUUUAGCGGUCUGAGCGGCCUCAGUAGCUACCUGGCAGGUGCCACGCAACCGGACCCGCUGCCGUCAGCGUUGGCUGGCGGCGGCGGCGGCGUUGGCGGCGGCGGCGGCGCGUCUGUGUCUGCGAGGAGCGGUGACACCGGCAGCGCCGCCGGCGGCGGCAGCGGGGGCGUGUCGCGUACCAGUGGCGCCUCCAGCGGCGCCGCCACCGCAGCGGUGGCGGCGGCGGCGGCGCAGCGCGGCGGCGGCGGCCGGGGUGGAUUGGAGGACAUGGCUGGGGAGAGCGGCGACAACGCCGUACUAUUGGACCGCCGGAUGCCGCCGGCUGAGGGCAACCUGCCGACAAACAGCGGCGGCGGCAGCCGCGGCGGCGCCGCCACCCACAGCCGAGGCAGCGGCGGCGCCUCCGGCGGCUACGGUGGCGGCGGCGGCGGCGGCAGCGGCCGCCGUGAGCCGCUCAUGGUUCACGUGGAGGCGGACCCGCUGCCUGACGCCGGCGGCGACAAGGGCAGCGGCGGCGGCGGCAUUGGCAGUGUCGGCCUGCUGGCGGCAGCGCUGCGCAGCGUUGGCGGCGGCAGCCGUGGCGGCCGUGGCGGCGGCGGCGGCGGCGGUUUCUCGGCCCUGACGGAGCUGUCAACGGUGGACGUUCAGGAGGCUCUGCAGCUGUUCUUCAACCAGCGAGCAGCGCAGCUGUCCAGUCUCCGGCAGCAGCAGUAGCAGUAGUGGAGGCUGUAGCAGCUGUAGCAGUGGUGAAGGCGGCUGUAGCGGCGGCGGCAGCGGCUGUCCACACCCCGGCAGCAGCAGUAGCACCCCGGGGGGUUGCAUUGAUACAGCGGCACUACGUCGCAGGUUCCAUGUUGCCUGCGAAGGCUUUGUGUGUUGGUGUGUUUGGUUAACAACACACGGUUAGGGGGCCGGCAUAGCCCACGGUGUGACUCCCAAAACGCGGCUGAAACACAGCGCAUGCACGUGUUUUUUUGUGUGUACAUAACACGCACGUGUGUGGGUGUGGGUGUGGGUGUGGUGACGGCCCGGUAGCAUGCUGCCAUCCCCCACACCGCGCACGCACGUCCACAACACGACUAUGAUGGUAAAUACGAGUUGAUAAUUUGCCGCACCGCUCAAGAACUUCAUGGACACGUGCCACAAGUUGUGGAGGCGGGUUGUUAAGCGUGGGGGCGGGGUCAAGUCUGCGAAUUGAGCGUGUGUCAUCUCCCUGCGAGUGUGUGGGUUUGAGGCCUGCGGCUUCAGUCGGUGAGGCAGGCAGGGCGCUGAUUCUGACUCUUGAGUCUGACCGUUGGCGGGCGGUUACGUUCGUACAUACAUCGGUUCGAUGGUCUGGUCUGGUACAUACGGUAUGGGUACGACGCGGCUACGGCAUGGGAGACGGUGGCGGGCUGGAGCCCGCAACCGUGUCCGGCCCGGGGACCUGAUCGUGCCGUGGGCUGCGUCGGCAGCAGAUGUCAUUGGGUUGGUGUGUGUGGGGUGUGUGGAGGGGGUGGGGGUGGGGGGUUGGUGGUGGGGGCGCGGCCGCGACAGAUGGCGGAGUGUGCAGGGCACGGUGCACGUGUGCAGGUGCGAUGGGCAAUCCGGCAUGUUCCGCAUGGGGCCAUGAAGCGGCAUGCUUAGGUUGGCUGGAGCAUCGGCUGGUUGACUUCAUGGGUACGGUUGCAAUAGGCGAGUGUCCUAAUGAGGCCGAUGUUGGGCAUGACUGAGCACAAGCAAGUGCCGCCACCAGGCGAAGAACCUAAUACCGAACUGGAGGAUGGGGUGGAGCGGUCACGCGCUUGGUCCGAUUCCGCGAUGUAGUAGGCAAUUGCAUGCUACGUAAGCUGUGCGGAACGGGGCUGGUAUCGACACAGCGCUACAGCGUGUAGUAUGUGUGUAUGCGUGUGCAUGGUUUUCAGUGCCUUUCCUGUGCUUUACCGGUUCUAGGGCCUGGGUUUCACCACUUGAAUGCACUCCAGUUGAGGGGGGAGCGAUGGGCCUGGGUGCAGUGGCUAGUAGGCGCGCCACCCGGCUUUGGUUCAAGGUUGGAGUCCGGGGAGGCCUGUGCAUGCAUGACGGCAACGCGCUGGCUAUCUGGAUUUGGAGGAUAGUUGGAGCGCACACACCCAUCACUAUAUUUUGCCCUAAGGACGAGUCGCUCGCACUUUGACAUCGGCUCACUUGGCUGAGCCAUUGAUGGCUGGCCACAAACGCGUGUUAAGACGUUGCAAAUGUAUGUU